CGGAAACCGAAUAAAGAUUAAAUAGGUUAUAUUCUUCCGUGUUCUGUAGCCAGUUUAGUGAAACUAACAUUUAGCAGAGUCAUACUGAGUUCAAACUAACAAUCACAUUGAAUAAAACAAUAUGGAGCCAGGAACAAACUUGCCUGUUGUGUGAACUUCGUGACUGCACAACUAAAAGGAUAAUCAUGUGGAGUUUUUUGGGACUGCGUAAAGACUCAAAGAAGUCGCCAACCGAGAAGGAAGUAGAUGGAGGCUUUGUCGUCAUUGGAGAGACAGUUGAAGAACAGAGGAGGAAGAUGCAGACUGUGAACAUCGUACAGCCCUCAACAAACGUCAUAGUGCAGCCGUCCAAAUCAUCACGUACAACUCCAGAUCAACCUGCUGGCAUAAAGCUCCCCCCACCUUUACCUACAAAUGGGGUGAUAGCAGAGCCCUCAGUGGUGGAAGCUGCUUCAGCUCUCCCAGAUCUUCUUGGUGAUGUCCCCUUCACUUUGGCUCCUCAUGUCUUGGCCAUGCAGGCAGGAGUCCCCUUCAUUCCUGAUGUGCUGCUGUCCCAGGACAUCAGCUAUAACCUGGCUAACUUUCAGUAUGAUUUCACCUUAGAGAACUCUGUGCUUCGCAGUGCCUAGUUUUUUUGAAUUUUAAUAUUAGGACUGUGGUCAGCAGUUCACACUGUGGGGAACUUGGCUGAGUGUUGGAUGUUUGAGGUGGUCCGGCUCUACAUUGUAUCGAAUAAGCAAAUUCUAUGAGCUCACGAAGAUGACAUAAAACAUCAAAUAAAUUGUAGAACUGCUAAACAUUGAAUUUCUUUUAUUAAUCUUUCUGUUUUUUGUGUAUUUGGAAAUAAGCUUAAUUGGAUGGGAAAUGACCUAUGGAAUGUGGUGGCAGUGAAAAGUUCUGACUUCAUUGCUUUCAAGAACCUGAAUGGACUUGUUCCUUUUGCUGCUUUCAACACAGUUAGGAAGUAAUGUGUGUUAUAAAGGUGUUGUCUAGCUGUUAACUAGAUAAUUACUGUAUGGUUUGUUCUGACUUUCUGUUAGUUAAAAUAGCUCUGUACUCAUAAAGAAACACUUCUGCAUGAUAGUUAUAGAGAGGUACUGCCAAAAAUAAACACCCUUGAAAUCUUGGUACUAAUAAUGCAUUGCCCAGAAAACUGCACACAGCUAUACUCUUAAGUUCUAGGGGUGCGACGAAACAGCAUUUCAACACUGUUAAAGCAUGUUCUGUUACUCUUUGCUUUUUAUCUGUUUAUGAAACAAUUUUUAAUACUGGUGCAGCCAUCUAUACCUGCCAUGGCUGAAGACUUUUCUCAGUAUAUAGGUUGUGUGCUUUUUAUUAUGCUGGUGAUAGUCGUGGCUAGAGGCAUUAUGUUUUUGGGUUGUUCGUCCGUCCGGCCCCUUCUUGUGAAUAUGAUAUCUCAGGAACGCCUUGAGGGAAUUUCUUCACUUUUGGCCCAAAUGUCCACUUGGAAUCAAGGAUAAACCGAUUAGAUUUUAUAAUCAGAGGUCAAGGUUGCUAUAUCCUUAAUUUUAUUAAUAAUAAUACUUUUUGUUUAAAAGAACCUUUCAUGUCACUCAAGGUCACCAUACAAAUGCAAACAAGCAAUAAAUAACAAAAAGUAAGCAUUAUUACUUUACUUGUUAUUGAGGAAAUCAGUACCGUUUAAAUGUACAUUUUGUUGAAUUUACCAUGAGGUCUGUUAGACAGCAGGUAACGUUAGCUCCUUAAUGUUUUAUCCCUGGCUCUGUGCCGGAUCUUGAUUGAUUUCUGCUAGUUUUUAUUUCAGUCUUGACCAUUAUUUGAAUAUCGGCUUCUAUUUGAAAGAUUGUGGCGCUUGCAUCUUCUUCUUCUUCUUUCGGUUGUUCCCGUUAGGGGUUGCCACAGUGAAUCGUCUGUUUCCACCUAACUC